GUGUAUAAUAUCAAUCAAUAUAUUUUGUUUCUAUUUGAUAAGAAAAAUACUUAUUCCAGAGCAAUUAACAUCGAAAUCCAAAUAUCUAUCUCUGCCAAGCGACUACAACAAUAUAUUAAAAUGGCUAUCGAUAUGAAUUUAAUAUCACUUAAGGACGGAGGUAGGUUUGCUAUGAGUUGGAUUGCAGGAACAAAUCCAAAAUCUUUACGCUCAACCUGUCAACGACAGCAAAUCUACUCGGUUGAUGUUCAAGAAGUGUGCGAAGAAAUGAUAGAAUCAAUAAAGAUGAAAGAAGAUAAACUCUCAUUUCGUAUACUUUUUAGACUGUGCUUUGGAACGAUUCAUAUUUAUGCUGAACAGGUUAAGCAUUUGUAUGAUGUCACUUUGAGUUUCGUCUGUUUCAAUACAUUUGUAAUGAAGCAAUACUCUCGGAAGCGACUAAGUUCAAACGUAGGCGAUGAUUCUUACAGUAAAAGAAUUCGUUUAGAUUCAUCAGAGGAUCUUGAUAUUUCAAGUCUUCUGAUGGAAACUGAAGUUUUUAAUGAAUACACCGAAGACAAAUUCCGAUUUCCCAAUGAAUUGGGACACAAUGAUUCUAGGAGACAAAAGAAUACCUCGACUUGUAUUCAGAUAAAUCAAAUAACUAUAAGACAUGUAAGUUGGGACAAUCCAAUGCCAGAGACAGAAGAUGAAUUUGGAGAUGCAUCCCAAGAUGAAAGAAAUAUUUUAAUAUCUGGGUUAAACGAAACAAUGGACAGUACUAGAAGAUUUCGUAGCCAAAAAAGAAAGCCCUGUUAUGAUAACUCUGAAUGUUCAUCAUUUAAAAAACCAUGUCUUUUAAAUGAAUCGAAUGAAUCACUUGAUGAUUUUCGAUACGAUUCAUCUUUCUACGAUGAAACAAUAUCAGAGGCUGGCCUCGAAACGCAAAAUGAAACGAUACAGGACACAAAUAAAAAUAUUACUGAUUACAAUGACAAUAAUCUCACUCAAAUUGAUUUUGAAUCCACACGAAAAGAUACAUUUUUGGAAGAUCAGUAUCAGUCCAAUGUAACAGAAAAUUCUAGCAAUCGUUUUUCAUUAGAGGACUCAAAAGAUACUCCAUUACCUGAUUUAUUACAAGAAUAUAUAAACCGGACGAAUGACAAAGAUAACAUUGUAAACACUUCCAGCAGAAUUGACUCACCAAAUUCAAAUUUAACUUUAGAUGAGAUUCCUAGAAGUGCAACUCUGACAGAGAGAAAACGAAAACACUCGCAAAUUCUUAUUGACACCAAUACAAAACUUCCAAAGCUCGAUUGUGAAGAUAUUUGGAAGCAUUGUUAUGACAUUGAUAAAGGAGAUCAUCUAGCUUCACCGAAAGAUUGUAGAAAACCAAUACUAUUCAAUAAACGAAUAGCAAAUCGAAGAGUACAGAAUGAUAAAUUGCUCAGUCGUUUCAAUAAAAAUGUGAAACUUCGGUUGCAGCAAGAUCAUAAUUAUAAUCGAGAACUCAUUGUUGAAGAAAUUCUAGGUGAUGAUUAUGAAGAGUUUAAAAAUUUGCUUAAAAUUAAAACAAGUUAUGGCGAAAUGUACGGAAGGAAAAAGUCACAGAUUAAGGAUAAAAUUCAGCAAUUUGAUGAUUAUAACAAUAAUAACAUAAUCGAAAAUAACAAUACUAACACAAAUUGUACUAUUAUAAACGAUAAUAACAACAAUUUGCAAAUUGAUAAAGAACAAAUUCAUCUUCAAAUUGAAACAAACAGCGGGUAUGUUCGUUGUGAAAGGGAAAAUAAUGGUUUGACAUUAAAUUGUGAAUUACAUGAGAUUGAUCCCUUUGCAAUAUCUUUUGAUUUUCCAGUAGAAGCUGGACAUCAGAGAUCUGAAUGGGGAAAAGAAGGAAUAAUGACAAAAUUACUCUUUGCUUGGGUAUCAGAGGAACCCAUUGUCAAUAUGAAAUCAAUUAUCGUCGGAGCCAAUCGAAUUAAUGCAGCUUUAGCAUUUCACACAUUAUUGGAUCUAUCUGGUCAACAAUACAUUGAAAUAAUAAAAGAUGAAACAAAUUCAAUUGAAUCGAUUGAAAUGGGUCCUGAGAUUAUUAAACUAAUAAAUAAGAUAUACUCGUGAAUUUCUAAAAGAAACACAC